UGCACAUAAAUAUAUUGUCUUUAUCAAUGAGUCGUUACAUAUAUACUACACCUCAAGAUCUUGUUACUUGUUACAAUCACAUUUUGAGAAAGAAAUUAUUCACAAAGUAAGAAAAUAGAGCAAUGACAACACCUCAACAUUUACACAUUGCGUUAUUCCCCUUCAUGUCUAAAGGCCAUACAAUUCCUCUUCUACACUUAACCAAAUUCAUACACAACCAUCGACCCAAAGCCACCUUCACCAUCUUCACCACCCCGGCUAACGAGCCCUUCAUCUCGGCCUCGCUUUCGCCGCUCCCACCUAACACCGUCACCAUUAUCUCCUUUCCCUUUUCAUCCACCAACGAUGACAUUCCAAUGGGAGUCGAAAGCACUGAUCGACUCCCGUCUAUGUCCCUCUUUCACUCAUUUGCUUUCGCAACUGAAACAAUCCAACCUCAUUUCGAAAGCGCCCUUGAAAAUAUACAAAAACAAGACAACCCCAUUAGUUUCCUCAUUUCUGAUGGCUUUCUCUACUGGACUCAACCAUCAGCUGCUAAGUUUAACAUCCGUAGAUUAGUCUUCUAUGGUAUGAAUGUGUACUCUUUUUCUUUGUAUAGGUCUGUAUUCGUUCAUAAGCUUUUUUCGAAGCUCAAGUCUAAAGACGAGUUGAUCCAAGUACCAGAUUUUCCUUGGAUUAAGGUUCAACAAGAUGAUUUUGAUAGCUCUUUUAAACAAGAUUUUGAUCCUCAAGACCCAAAGUUUGAUUUUUUUGUCAAGUGUGGUAAUGCCACUUCAUUGAGUCACGGUAUGGUUGUUAAUACUUUUCAAGAGCUUGAGAAACCAUUUGUGGAGUUCAUGAACUCAAUCUCUGAUGGGCCUAAAUCUUGGUGUGUUGGCCCGUUUUGCUUGGCUGAGAAACAAACAACGUUAGAGAGACCGGAGAAGCCUGAAUGGAACAAAUGGUUGGAUAAAAAGUGGGAUGAAGGAAAGUCUGUCAUGUACGUUGCGUUCGGCUCACAAGCUGAGAUAAGUAAUGAACAACUGAAGGAGAUUUUAACCGGGGUCGAAAAAUCGGAAGCGUGUUUCCUAUGGGCUUUAAGGAUAAAACCUAGCCAAGAAGAAGUUAUGAAAGGGUUUGAGGAGAAAAUGAAAGGAAGAGGGUUGGUUGUAAGAGGAUGGGUAGAGCAAAGGGAAGUACUUGAACAUAAAAGUGUAAAAGGGUUUCUAAGUCAUUGUGGGUGGAACUCGGCGAUAGAGAGCAUUUGUGCAGGUGUACCGAUCUUGGCUUUGCCUAUGAUGGCGGAACAACAUUUGAAUGCGAAGAUGGUGGCCGAGGAGAUCAAGGUGGGAGUGAGAGUUGAGACCAUAGAUGGGUCACCAAGAGGGUUUGUUAAGUGGGAUGGUUUGAGUAAAAUGGUCAAAGAGUUGAUGGAAGGUGAGAUGGGAAAGAAAGUGAGGAAGACGGUAAAGGAGUUAAGUGAGGUUGCCAGGAAAUCGGUUGAAGGAGGAGGAUCAUCUUGGUGUAAUAUGGAAACCCUAUUGAGUGUAUUAGAGAUGGAGCAAGUCAAAAUUUAAUGCCCUAAUAAAAGUUAUUGUAAUAGCUUAUUGUAAUAACUAGAUUAAAUCUCGUACAAUGCACGGUUUUUAAA